GGAUGGAACCACAGGGAGGUGGCUGCGGAGAAACGCGUUUCGGGGUAGUUUGGUCCUUCGGAGGUGCCGUAGCGGUGGGGCAGCGCCGGUCUCGCUUCCGGGAGGAGCCGCAGCGGCGGGAGAGCGGGCGGCGGUACCGGGCAGGAUGGCGGGGCACAGAUUGGUGUUAGUUUUAGGAGAUCUCCACAUCCCACAUCGAUGCAACAGCCUCCCAGCCAAGUUCAAAAAGCUGCUGGUGCCAGGAAAAAUCCAACACAUCCUCUGCACAGGAAACCUCUGCACCAAGGACACUUAUGACUACCUCAAGACUCUGGCUGGGGAUGUUCAUGUUGUCAGAGGGGACUUUGAUGAGAACCUGAAUUAUCCUGAACAGAAAGUUGUUACUGUUGGACAGUUCAAAAUUGGGCUGAUUCAUGGGCACCAGGUUAUUCCCUGGGGUGACAUGGCCAGCCUGGCCCUGCUGCAGAGGCAGUUUGAUGUGGACAUCCUCAUCUCAGGACAUACACACAAAUUUGAGGCAUUUGAGCAUGAAAACAAGUUCUAUAUCAACCCAGGAUCAGCUACAGGAGCUUAUCAUGCCUUAGAAAACAAUAUCAUUCCUUCAUUUGUGCUGAUGGAUAUCCAGGCUUCUACAGUAGUUACAUAUGUCUACCAACUCAUUGGAGAUGAUGUCAAAGUAGAAAGAAUUGAGUACAAAAAGUCUUAAAAAUGUCUUUGCUUGUCUGGUAUUUUUACCAUCUCAUUCUGAACUCGAAGUUACUGCACUACCUGAUAGCUAACUCCCAGUAUUCCACUUCCUCAGUACCAGCUUAGCAAUGUAGCUUAUUUGUAAUAACUUUAAAGCAGCAUUGUGCUUGCUUUUCUCUGUAUGAGCUGAUUUGUAAAAUAUUCCAUUAAAAUAACUGUUUAAAUACUGUUCCCUGAUGUUGUAAUAAACUCCACUUCCUAGAAAA